AUGAUUGUAGAUUCAAAGAACGUUAGAAGAAAUAAAACUCAACAAUUAACUAAUAGUCUAAGCAUCUUUCGUUCCCGAAAAACUGAAGACGCUUUUAUUAUCAUAUACACAGGCUUAGGACAACACUUGGUACCCGAGAUUCAUAGUGUUCCACAAGUGAGUGGUAUUUACGUCUUUGGUAGUAAUACAUCCAGACAUGAAACCUGGACAGAGAAAUGGACAAAGAUCAAGGAUGUCUAUAUAAAUACCAAAGAAAUCUGUGAAACAGUGACAACGGGUGUCACACAAUACAAUCAAGACUCCAUUGCUAUACCUUCACCCUCAAGUCGCUUGAAACCUUUCAAACAAGUCUUCCUUCAGAUCGUUCGCAUUUCGCGUCUGUGCAUGGAAACAUCGGGUUGGUGUCACAGAUAUGGGAGGGUAUUCGAAUGUACUUAG